AUGGACGUGAGAUUUUAUCCACCUCCACCUCAGCCACCAUCAGCAACAGAUCCCUCCCGACUGGGACCCUCGCACUAUUCGGACUCUCCGUAUUGCAAUAAGUACGACAGUGAAAACAUGUUCAUGGGUAUGGCAGAACCAAGCCAGGACUUUGUGCCAGGAAACCAGUUUCGUGUGCCUGCCAGUCCCAGCCAGACGCAGCAAAGCACCAAGCACGCAGGACCCCCCUGGAAAAGAGACACCCCCCCGCACGCCGACGGCCCUCGUUUGCCCUGGCAGUCUUACCCAGUGCCCAGUCUGGGAGAUGAAGACUUCAACAUACCCCCUAUCACACCCCCGACCCUUCCCGAACACAUGCUGGCCCACCUGCCUGAGUCUGAAUCUGGAGCGUACCAUCCCCUGUGCCCACCCGUCUCUCAGAAUGGACUGCACCCCUUCCACCUGCAGAGCAUGGAUCUGCCCGGGAUCUCUGUCCCAAACAUGAUCAAUCAAGAUGGUGGGCUGCUCACCAACUCCCUGUCAGUGAUGCAGCAAAUGGUAAACUCUGAUUCACGGUAUGUUGGCCAUCCCCAAGUGGACACAGUGAGAGCAAGGGUCCAGUCAGGCAUGGUUCCUCAAAACCAGCUUACUACCAUCAACCAGUCACAGCUCAACACUCAGCUCGGGCUGAAUGGGAACAAUGGGACUCAUGGGUCCCCAUCACCACCAGAGAGCAAGUCUGCCACCCCUUCUCCAUCCAGUUCUGUUCACGAGGACGAGAAUGAUGACGCUCUGAAGAUGAACGGAGCUGAAAAAAGAGCUGCCACAGAUAUGGCCAAGAAGCCCAAAACCCCCAAGAAGAAGAAAAAGAAAGACCCCAACGAACCACAAAAACCUGUCUCGGCCUACGCUUUGUUCUUCAGAGACACCCAAGCAGCUAUCAAGGGCCAGAAUCCCAAUGCCACUUUUGGUGAGGUGUCUAAGAUUGUGGCCUCCAUGUGGGACGGACUGGGAGAGGAGCAAAAGCAGGUGUACAAGAAGAAAACAGAGACUGCUAAAAAGGAGUACCUCAAACAGCUGGCUGCUUACAGAGCAAGCCUGGUCUCUCAGAAUUAUAAUGACCCAGGGGAUGUGAAAGUGUCCCAGGCUUCUCAGAUGCUGGGACCGAAGCCCCCUGUGUUCCCUGGGGCAGGCCAGUCCCACCCAGGCCUCUAUAUGGGACCUCCAUACCACCAGCAGCCAGGGCUGAGCCCCCACCUGCCUCACAUGCAGCCAGCUUUAUCCAGAGGGGUUGGGUCCAGGCCCAGUGCCCCUAUGCCGGGCAUGGGCAGCAUGGCGGCAGCUUCGCCCCCUCCCCUGCAGAUCAGCCCCCCCCUCCAUCAGCACCUCAGCCUGCACCAGCAGCAACAACAGCCACUUAGCAACCACCCGCUGCCCCUGCAUUCUCCAUCUAUGGCACAGGGAUUCCCUCUGCAAACAGAAUUCCAGAGCAUGAUAAAUGUUACUUCCUCUGCUGGACCAGGACUGUCUCCUUCAAUGGAUUAUCGCACCGGCUGUAGGAAUGGGCCAAACCAGGGUCUAGACUGGACCCCUGACUACUGCACCAAUGGCGGUCUGCAGAGGGAUAAAGCUCUGUACCUCACCUGA